AACGUCACAACACGUGCGUUGAAAGGUAAUCAAAACAAAAAGUGCGGUGCGAGCGGUUAUGCAGCAGUUGGAAUUUAUUCGUCGCAAAUAAUUAUUAUAAAAAUAGUGCAAAUUGCAUCAAUAGGCGCGUAUAAAAAAAUCUCGUUUAAGUGAUGAAGUUGUGCUGAUUGUAUCGAACGAUUAAAAUGAUAAAAUUCUGCCAGCGCUUAUCGCUUCGAAGCUUGACUCGGUUUCAAGGUCGCUCAACCCGAGCAGUUGUUCCGUUGUGGAUUUCUUCGCGCGGCAAAAAAGAUGACAGUGGCCGGUUGUUUACUCCGGUACCAAUUCGGCCCAGUCCGGAUGAUAUUAAUGUGGGAGCCGAGCUGACCGGCGGCACGUUGGACAAGGCUGAAAUGCUGAAAGUCAUCUUGAAGUUUAGCAAUCGUAAGGAAAUCAAAUUCUUGUGCCUGGAGAAUGGAAUUGACUCGAAUCUGCAGCAGCAAGCCUUUACUAGCUUCCGCAAGUAUUGCUUGGAGACGGAUGCACUUCCGGCGGAUUUGCAUGUGGUGCUAAGCGAUAUUCUACAGGGCGCGGGGCAUGUUGAUGAUAUUUUCCCAUACUUUCUUCGGCAUGUCAAGCAAAUAUUCCCACAUUUGGAAUGCAUGGACGAUUUGAAGAAGAUCUCGGAUCUCCGGCAGCCGGCCAAUUGGUACCCAAGUGCAAGGGCAAUCAAUAGACGUAUUAUCUUUCAUUCCGGCCCAACAAAUUCCGGGAAGACCUACCACGCGAUGGAACGAUUCAUGUCGGCUAAAUCCGGGGUUUACUGUGGACCGUUGAAGCUGCUGGCCAGUGAGGUCUACAAUAAAAGCAAUCAAAGGGGAACGCCUUGUGAUUUGGUGACUGGGGAGGAACGAAAGUUUGCCGAUCCCAAUGGAAAUGCUUCGAAGCAUGUCGCUUGUACGGUGGAGAUGACUUCGAUUACCACACCUUAUGAAGUUGCCGUAAUCGAUGAGAUUCAACUGCUGAAAGACGUUGGUCGAGGAUGGGCAUGGACGCGCGCUCUUUUGGGGCUCAUGGCCGAGGAAAUUCAUGUCUGUGGUGAACCGGGUACGCUUGAUCUGCUGCAGAAGAUUUGUGAUACCACCAAUGAAGAGCUGGAAGUUCGAAAUUACAAAAGAUUAACAGCGUUGCACAUAGAGGAUCAAGCCCUCCAGACAUUGGACAAUGUUCGGCCUGGAGACUGUAUCGUGUGCUUCAGUAAAAAUGAUAUCUACUCGGUGUCUAGGGAAAUUGAAGCCCGAGGUCGGGAAGUAGCGGUUAUUUACGGUGGAUUACCUCCUGGAACGAAACUCGCGCAGGCUGCGAAGUUCAACGAUCCGGAAAACAGCUGCAAGGUUUUGGUGGCAACGGAUGCCAUCGGAAUGGGUCUAAAUUUAAGCAUUAGGAGAGUAAUAUUCUACUCAAUCAUCAAACCCAGUGUAAAUCAAAAAGGAGAAAAAGAAAUGGACACUAUUUCCGUCUCACAAGCGCUGCAAAUUGCCGGUAGAGCUGGUCGGUAUGGUAUGAAGUGGGACGAAGGUUACGUCACAACGUACAAACCGGAGGAUCUUCCCACGUUGAAAAACAUUCUUGGCCAAACACCUGACCCUCUGACACAAGCUGGUCUCCAUCCCACAGCAGAUAUGAUUGAACUUUACGCUUAUCAUCUUCCAAACGCCACCCUCAGUAAUCUGAUGGAGAUUUUCGUUUCGCUAAGCACAGUUGACGAUUCCUUGUACUUCAUGUGCAAUACGGAAGAUUUCAAAUUUUUAGCUGAAACCAUCCAACACGUUCCACUUCCGCUUCGAGCUCGAUAUAUUUUCUGUUGUGCGCCGAUUAAUCGCCAAAUGCCAUUCGUCUGUUCAAUGUUCCUCAAAUACGCCAGACGCUACAGCAAAAACGAACCAGUGACCUUCGAUUGGCUCUGUAAUCAGUGUGGAUGGCCAUUCCAACUGCCUCGCACAAUUAUCGACCUUGUCCACUUGGAAGCCGUCUUCGACGUGCUGGACCUCUAUCUCUGGUUGAGCUAUCGUUUCCCGGACUUAUUCCCCGAUGAAAAACUAGUCCGUGACAUCCAGAAAGAACUGGACGACAUCAUUCAGCAGGGUGUGUUCCAAAUCACUAAACUGUUGAAAAAUUCCGAAACGGCCGUUUCAACCAACACUCCCGAUGAGGAUUCCUUCGUGAUGCGACAGAAAAAGAGCAAGUACUAUCGGGAGAAUGCGCCGCGGGGGAAACUCACCGAGCGGCUGUUGGCUCAAGGUUUGCUCACGCCGGCGAUGCUACAGGAACUGAAAGCAGAGUGGGAUCAGCAGACGAAGACCAGAGGUAACAGUGGAAGUGACGAUGACGAUGAUGAUCCGUCGGGUAAAAAAAGUCGUAGAAAGACGAGAAAAUUCAAGUAAACGCCUAACGAGAAGUGAAGCUUUUGAAGCUGUUCUAGAAUAAAAAAAUAGCUAGUCCAAAUGAAGAA